CUUGGUGAGUUUCAAACAUGGCAGCCACUCAACCAUCACCUAACAACAUCUUUUGCUGCAGUUAUCUUCAAUCCCUCUCUCAAACACCACAGAGACUCAGAAAAAGAAUGUUAGCUACAAGGACUCCAGACCAAGAACUCAACCAAAUAAGACUAAGAUCAGGUGCAGACAUGAAAAGAACACUGAAGUGGUAUGACCUGGUAGCUCUUGGUGUAGGAGGAAUGCUUGGUGUUGGAGUUUUUGUAACAACAGGUCAUGUAGCACACAACAUCUCUGGUCCUGCUGUUUUUGUUUCUUAUAUCAUUGCUGGAUUAUCAGCUCUCCUUUCUUCUUUGUGUUACACCGAAUUCUCCGUCGAAAUUCCGGUUGCCGGUGGAGCCUUUAGUUAUCUCAGAGUAACUUUUGGAGAGUUUGUGGGGUACUUUGCUGGAGCUAAUAUACUAAUGGAGUAUGUAUUAUCAAAUGCCGCAGUGGCAAGAAGUUUCACAGAGUAUCUUUCUAGUACCUUUGGAGCAAUAGAUCCAAAUUCAUGGAGAGUUGAAGUAGGUGGAUUGGCAACAGGUUAUAAUAGAUUGGAUUUCACUGCUGUUGCUCUUGUUCUACUUCUAACCAUCUGUCUAUGUUACAGUACAAAGGAGAGCUCUACUCUGAACCUUGUCAUGACAAUCUUUCAUGGGAUCUUCUUUGGGCUUAUUAUAAUUUCUGGAUUCUGUAAUGGGAGUGCAGAGAACUUAAUACAUCCAAGAGGAUUAGCUCCUUUUGGUGUAAGAGGAAUUUUUGAUGGAGCAGCAAUAGUUUACUUCAGCUAUAUUGGAUAUGAUUCUGUAUCAACCAUGGCAGAAGAGAUCAACAACCCUUCAAGGGCACUUCCAGUUGGCAUUUUGGGAUCUGUUCUUAUUGUUUCUGUGCUUUAUUGCCUCAUGGCCUUGUCUUUGUGCUUGAUAAUCCCUUACAAUGAGAUAUCUGAUGCUGCAUUCACUUCGGCUUUUCGAAAGAUCUCUGGUUGGAAAUGGAUGAGCAUUGUGGUUGGGGCUGGUGCAAGCUUGGGUAUUGUGGCUUCUCUCCUUGUUGCCAUGCUAGGUCAAGCCAGGUACCUUUGCGUUAUCGGAAGGGCUCGGCUCGUCCCGGUUUGGUUGGCCAAGGUUCAUCCAUCUACAGGCACCCCUUUGAACGCCACCCUCUUCUUGGGUAUCUGCACAGCGUCGAUUGCACUUUUCACUGAACUUGAGAUAAUACUAGAGAUGAUCUCCAUCGGCACACUCUUGGUGUUCUACCUUGUGGCCAAUGCCCUAAUCUUUCAUCGCUAUGUUGUUGAUAGAACCAAUCACCGGAUUACCACUCUCUUCUUCUUGUUCCUCCUCUCAUCAACUUCAGUUGGCUUCUCUCUAUCAUGGAAGUUCAAGGUAAAAUGGUGGGGGCUAUCCAUACUUUGUGGGUUUAUUAUCACCAUCACUGCCUUCUUCCACUACAUGGUCCCUUGCAAUCGCCUGCCCACCCAAUGGUCUGUGCCAUUUAUGCCAUGGCCAGCUGCAGUCUCAAUCUUCCUUAAUGUCUUCCUCAUGACCACAUUAAACAAGAUACCUUUCAUAAGGUUUGGUAUAUGGGCUUGUGUGGUGACAUUAUUUUAUGUUUUAUAUGGUGUUCACUCAACAUACCUUGCAGAGGAAUUGGAGACUGGGAAUGUUGAGUUAAACCGGAUUUUAUCCGGUCCGGUUGGGUGA